UUUACCAAAACUUACCUGUGUGUCACGUGACAGAGCCCAACCCCUCCGCUCAGCCGGCACCGGCAGUGAACCUGACCCCACUGCUGAUGUCGCUGAGCAAUCGCGUCGUUUCGCGGGCCACGAUCGGGACGAAGCUCGGGAAGGAAGAGGAGUCUGAGUUCUUCCUUGUGAUGCAAGAAAUCAUGAAGGCAUUUGGAGGGUUCACCCUAAGUGACGUGUUCCCGUCCAGUCGGCUGUUGGGCCUGAUCGGCGGGACAGAGAGGCGGCUGAAGGAGCUCCACCGUGAAGUUGACGUCAUGCUCCAGCGCUUUAUUGAUGACCACGUGGCCAGAAGAUCGGCAGAAAAGGGCGAUGAUGAAGAAGAAGAAGCAGAAGAUCAAGAUCUGGUGGAUGUGCUGUUGAAUUACACUCGUGAACAUGGUGAUAAAAGCAACGAACUCAGCUUCCCUCUCACCGAAGUCGAGAUUAAAGCCGUCAUCUCGGUAAGUCUUUAAUAUGAAUUGACUCAUCUUGAGCCAAUUACAAUUGUCUGGGGUGGGGCCAGGUAAUCUGACUUGUCUCGUUUUAAAUGACUCGUUCUGUAAAAUGAAACAAUUGGUCAAAUUGUCUCGUUUUACAAUUGAUCAAUCCAAACGACCCCUUAGCUUUAUUCAGACAUCACUUAUUCACUUGGCAAAGAUGAGUCAAGGGUUUUGUGAUUAUUAUUAUUAUUAUUAUUAUUAUUAUUAUUAUUAUUAUUAUUAUUAUUAUUAUGAGUAUCUUGGGAAUUCUUGAAAACUCAUUUGGUUUGUGUUGUAGGACAUGUUCUUAGCUGGAACUGACACGACUGCCGUUCUCUUGGAGUGGGCAAUGGUAGAAUUGAUGAAAAAUCCCGACGAGAUGGAGAAAGCACAGAGAGAGGUCAGGCGCGUGUUUGACAAAAAAGGAAAAGUAGUAGACGAAGCAAGUCUUGAUGAACUAAACUAUCUAAACUCAAUCGUGAAAGAAACUUUAAGAUUGCACCUACCUGCUCCUCUAUUAGCCCCAAGAUCAACUCGAGAAACGGUUGUGAUUAACGGAUACCAAAUACCCGCUAAAACAACGGUGAUCAUCAAUGCAUGGGCCAUCUGUCGCAAUCCAGUAAACUGGGAGAAACCAGAUGAAUUUAUGCCAGAAAGAUUCCUCCUCGGCUCCAUCAAUUACAAGGGCAAUGAUUUCCAACUAAUCCCAUUCGGUGCAGGACGCAGAAUAUGCCCUGGCAUGCAGUUCGGGACUGCUAUUGUUCAUCUCGCACUCGCAAAUUUGCUUUAUCAUUUUGACUGGAAGCUUCCAAACCAAACUAAACCCCAAGACCUUGACAUGUCUGAAAUUUUCGGAGUAACCGUUGCAAAAAAAAGUGACUUGUAUCUCAUCCCCAUCCCGUACAAGGCACCCUAAAUCAAUAAGUUGUAGUAGUUUUUCUUUCUCAUGUACGAGAUGAAGCUAGUUCUUUUAUUGUGUAAGGAUGAAGUUUAGGGUGGUUUUGUAAUGUAUGAGUUUCACAUUAUCAUGUAAGAUUGUAAUAUUUCGUGUAAUAACAAACUAUAGUGUUUGAUAGCCAUGAGUUGUAAUAUUUGUAUGAAAAAUAAAAAUAUUUAAUAUUUUCAUUAACAAUUUAUUUUCUCCCCGUCGGAGAUAAUCAAUAACCUAUUUUUAUUUCUUUUUUUUUUUUGUUAUGGAUUGGACUUUGGAUAUAUAAGUUAUUUGAUGUCUAAACGCUUGUUCCCCUUUGUUUAAUUUACUUCAUUGUACAGAAUAUUGAGCAAACGACGAUGCAACUAGAUCGGAAUCAAGUUGAUGAGAAUGAAAGAAAGAAGUUUUGUACAAGAAAUGAAAAUGCAUUCAACUCGAUUUUUCCAUAUCCGACUUUGAUUUGGUAUAUGGAGCAAUACAAUAAUUUCUUUAAUCCUUAAGAAAUUCGAUCGAAACACUACUAAUUGUAGAAUCAAAACUAGCAUAAACAAAGGCAUUAAACCCAUAUGUUGAUGGAUUAAUUUUGAUCCUACUUGUGACUCCUAAGUCUAACCGGCGCACCCACACAUCAUAUUCAUUAUUGUUGUUUGUAAUGGUUUUCGUUGGUUCUAAUUAUAGAAUUAUUAAAUCCAAUUAUCACCA